GUGAACAAUGGUCGACAACCGCUACGCCACAGCUCUGGUCAUCGCCUGUGUGCUGAGCAUACUGGCCACCGUGUAUCUGUCGGUGGCUGUGGGGACGCAGCACUGGUACCAGUACAGCAGUCCCACCGUGCGAGGGGAGGCCAACGUGUCCGAGCUGCACACCAUGUAUGAGGAGUUCAUGGACGGGGAGUUUGAUGAGAAAACAUACAGCGACACGUUAUUCCGCCUGAACGGGACCGUGGGCCUGUGGUGGAGGUGUGUGCUGGUUCCUGCCAACCAGCACUGGAACAAAGAGACAGAUUCCAAGAUGAUGUUGGAGUGUCGAAGCUUCACUCCGUCUCAGCAGUUCACUCCCAAGUACAAAGAGCCGGGCAACCACAACAGUGGAGAGGACAUGCUGCGCACCUAUUUGUGGAGGAGCCAGUUUCUGCUGCCACUGGUUUCCUUGAGUCUGGUGGUGUUGGCAGGCCUGACUGGUUUCUGUGCCUGCCUCUGCAGAAGCCUCACCCCCACACUUGGCAUUGGAGUUCUUCACCUGCUGGCUGGCCUCUGUACCUUAGCCACAGUGUGCUGCUACCUGGCUGGGAUGGACCUGCUCCACAGGGUGUCCAUGCUGCCUGAUAAGGUGGACGGCUCUCUGGGCUGGUCCCUCUACUUGGCCCUCAUUUCCUCGCCACUCCACAUGAUGGCCGCUGCGCUGCUAGUGUGGGCGGCACGCAGUCACAGUCAGAACUACUACCGCAUGAGCGCCUACCGGGUGGCUUAGACUAAAGUAAAUGU